CAUCUUGCUCUAAUUUAUUUGAGGCUAGCUCACACACAUUAAUUCAUUGAAGAGAAAGAAAUGGCGGUACUUGGAUGCAUUGCUCUCAUUUUGUGUGUUUUAGCAAACUUUGACAACUAUGCAGGCCGUGUGGGAGCUUUAGACAUCGGUGUUUGCUAUGGGACGUUAGGAAGUGACCUUCCUGCACCAGCAGAUGUUGUCAAUAUCUACAAACAACACGGCAUAGCGAAAAUGAGGCUCUUCAAUCCAAACCCUGCAGUACUUGACGUCCUGAAAGGGAGUGGAAUCGGUGUCACUAUCGGCAUUGCAAACGAGGACUUGGAGAAUUUGGCAACAGGCCAAGCUGCUGUUGAGACAUGGUUCAAUAACAAUAUAGCUCAUUAUGUAAAUGACGUUACCAUCAAUUACAUCGCCGUCGGCAAUGAGGCCGACCGGUCAGGGGGCCUCAAAAAUAUCUUCACGGUGAUGCCGUUGUUAAAUAACGUAGUCCGUGACAAAGGGAUCAAGGUGACCACAGUUCUGUCAUCAUCUGUCCUAGCAUCUUCGUACCCGCCUUCAAGUGGUGCAUUCACACUAGAGGCUUAUAGUACAAUGGCCGGCAUUCUUGCGUUUCUAGCAUCCACUGAUUCUCCCCUUAUGAUCAAUGUGUAUCCUUACUUUGCCUACAAGUCAGACCCUGGCAAUGUUCGAUUAGACUAUGCACAAUUCACUGCAACCGAGACGGUGGUUCAAGACGGGGAAUAUAGCUACGUCAACCUGUUUGAUGCCAUUGUAGAUGCUUUUAUUGCAGCCAUGGACAAAGCAGGCGGUGCAAAUAAUAUUAGAGUUGUGGUGUCUGAAAGUGGUUGGCCUUCUGAUGGUAGCGGAAGUAUCACCACGCCAGAACUCGCAGCCACUUAUAACAAGAAUUUGUUGAAUCAUAUUCUUAAAAAGGGAGGGACACCAAGAAGACCUGGUUCAAACAUUGAAGGGUUUAUCUUUGCCAUGUUCAAUGAGAAUCAGAAACCUGCUGGCGAGGAGCAACACUUUGGUCUUUUUUAUCCCACCAUGCAACCUGUUUAUGAUGUAUUCUCUUGA